AGGAGGUCCGACAUCGUUGCCGCGGCUAUUUCGCGAAUCGCCAGGGGCGCGGCGGAGCUACAGCGCAGGUGAACGCUGCGGAGUUUCGAUAAUUCCUUCCCGGCGUUCUACAAUCCCUCAAACGGCAGGGUUGCGCCACCGUUGAUUACUCGUCGUGAGUUGAGAGAUUGGCAUCAUAAAUCGAUCGCUAUGGAAUCAGACAAGCCGCCCGCCAAGGGCUAUCGAACCGAUCAAAAGUCUACAAGGUCCAGCAUCGCUCUCAAGAAGAUUGUGCAUGAACUGCAUCAUGUACCUGGCCUCGUUGGCGGCAUCGUUGAAAAGGGCUUUUCCUCCUCUGGUAACGGCAACAGCAGUACCGGAAUCCCCUCCACCAUUCCCCUUCCUCGUCCGACGGUUUUUCCUUUCCCCGUGGCUCGCCGUCGCUCACAUGGCCCACACUGGACUCCGCUUGGCUCUGCGCCGAUUGAGGCUGAAGAGGGUGACAUGGAGGAAGAUAAGGAUGAAACAGAUUAUGAUCCGAUUGCUUCCUAUGCAAACCCUAUUGAGAGAAAGGAGAAGAAACCCUUGGAUUUUAGCAAGUGGAAGGAAUUUGUUUCACAAGACGGCAUUUCUUUGCCACAAUCCAACAAUGUAGCAAAAGCUGAUGCAGGGAGAAAAAGAGAGGUGAAGAAGAGUAUUGUUCUAAAUUCACCUAGUUCUACCUCAAACAGUGUUUGUAAGCCAGAAAAAGAUCAAAUUUUGUCCAGCGAGCUGAUGAAUGGAAGUGUUUCCAAAAAGUUCAUGCUGACAACUGAACCAAAAUCCUUGGCGAGCAAAUUAGAAUCUGAAGAGGCAGAUGAAAGUGGUGUGGGUUCAGCCAGUGCUAUCAGCAGCAUUGCUGCAUGGACUGAUAAAGGUUCUGAUAGAGGUGAUAUAGAAAAGUCAGAGGUCAAUUGUCAUGGAUCUUCGUCUUUCAUGGAUGACAUAGAUGCUGAGAAUCUUUCCUUGCUAAAGAACAUGUCUGCAGAAGAGAUAUCUGAGGCACAAAAUGAGAUACUGGAUAAGAUGAAUCCUUCUGUUAUUGAGAUGUUGAAGAAGCGGGGACAAAGCAAGUUGAGGAGUAGGAAAGUUAUUGGUCAAGAAGAAAGCGAUGGAAGACAAAAGGUCUCAAGUAUCAAGCCAGUUGAUAGUGGAAAGAGUGCAAGACUUGUAGACCCUUCUGGAGUUUGGACCUCAAAGAUUGAAAGCAAUAAUAGCUCAUGGAAGUCUUGGAGUGAGAGAGUUGAGAAGGUUAGGUCAUUAAGGUUUUCAUUGGAUGGCGACGUUUUGGGGGCUGAUUCUACUCAUAACAUUCUCAAUGGUGGUGGCUCUAAAGUUCGUCCUUACAAUGCUGAGAAUGUGACUGAGAGGGACUUGCUUCGAACUGAAGGGGAUCCUGCUGCUGCAGGGUAUACAAUUAAUGAAGCAGUAGCACUUACUAGGAGUAUGAUACCAGGACAGAGGGCAAUUGCUUUGCAUCUGAUAGUAUCUAUACUCAACAAGGCUUUGUGCAACUUACAGCAAAUGGAUAAUGAUUCUCAUCAUGUCAGAGGAAAAAACCCCUCUGAUAAUCUCGUUGAUUGGCAAGCUGUUUGGGCUUUUGCUCUUGGUCCUGAACCUCAGAUGACUAUUUCACUUAGGAUUGCUUUGGAUGAUAAUCAUGAUUCUGUGGUUUUGGCCUGUGUAAAGGCCAUUCAAUCUAUAUUAUGCUUUGAUAUAAAUGAGAAUUUCUUUGAUUUUUCAGAGAAAUUCACCACUAGUAAGAAAAAUACUUUUACUGCUCCUGUUUUUCGGAGUAGACCUGAUAUUGAUGGUGGCUUUCUUCAUGGGGGUUACUGGAAAUAUAACACUAAAUCUUCAAACAUUCUUCCCAAUAAUGAUCAGCAUAAUGAAGAUGAUGAAAGUGAAGGGAAUCAUACCAUUCAAGAUGACAUUUUUGUAUCAGAACAAGAUGUUGCUGCUGGCCUUGUUAGGAUGGGAAUUCUUCCAAGAAUAUGUUGUCUUUUGGAGAUGGACCCUCUUGCAGUUUUAGAAGAGUCCCUUCUUUCUAUUGUUGUUGCAAUUGCUAGACAUUCACCCACUUGCGCUGAUGCUAUUUGGAAGUGCCCAAGUUUGAUACAAACAGUUGUUAAGAUAUUCACCAAGCAUGUGUUGGGGGAACCAUAUCCUUCUCAGAUUAAAGUUGUGCUUCUUUUGAAGGUUUUAUCUGAAGCUAACAAGCAAAUAUGUUGGGAUUUUGUGAAGUGUGGGUUGUUUCAACAGGUGAUGUUGAACUGGUGCAAACCAUUUUCUUCCCUUGAAAGGUGGAUGGAAUCUGGAAGGGAAAAUUGUAAACUCACUUCAGCCUUAAUGGUUCAACAGUUGCGUUUAUGGAAAGUCUGCAUUCAGUAUGGAUUUUGCAUAACGCACUUUACAGAUUUUUUCACUGAUCUUUGUUUGUGGCUUAGCCCCCCUAUGUUUAAUAAGCUAAUUGGCAACAAUCUUUUGAGUGAAUUCACUUCCAUUACAAGGGAAGCUUACCUAGUUCUGGAGGCCCUAGCUGAGAAGUUACCUGCUCUGCACGCUGGUGAACAAAUAAACAAUCAAUCAAUUGGUUUUUCAGAUGAUACAUCAGAAGCUUGGUCUUGGAGUCACGUGGGUUCAAUGGUUGACAUGGCUGUUAGCUGGUUACAACUAAGAGAUAUACCUUAUAUAUGCUCACUUACCUCUGACUCAAAAAAGAAUGUGAACCAUCUAGAAUUUGCUUCUAUUUCAUGCAUAAUAUGGGUGAUUUCUGCAGUCCUUCAUAUGCUUUGUGGUGUAUUCCACAAGGUGGCUCCAAAUAUCCAUGACGAAUUGGACCACAAAAUUACUUCUCUUCCUAGGUUGUCCAAGUCUGUUCCUAAUGUUGGCCUUAACCUUAUAAAGAAUGGAUUUCUUAAUUUUUCGGGUUCAAGCAAAUUAGUAUUUGAAGCUUGUUCUACUGAAACUAGAUCUCUUGUAAACUUGCUUUGUCUUUUAAGACAACAAGGGGACUUUGAUGUGUCCUUAUCUUCAUCGAGUUGUCUUCAUGCACUUGUCCAACUCGCUCUUCUAAUUGAUGACUCUGUCAAGAGAGCCAGAAACUUCAAUGAUACUCAAUCCUUCUCAGAAAGUAUGUCAGGAUUGCAUGAGAAGAUACUGAAUGUUGGUCUCAUCAAGUCUGCUCAUAAUGAGCUUGAGGAAGUGCUUUCAAUGUUCAUGGAUGUAGUUUCCUCAGAACAGCAAAUCUUGCAGUCUCUUGAAAUGUUUGACAGAGGAGGACCUGCACCUGGAAUUGGAUUUGGAUGGGGAUCUUGUGGAGGGGGAUUUUGGUCCUUAAAUGUAUUGUUGGCACAAACUGAUGCACGACUGAUUUUGAGUUUGCUUCAUAACAUCUCUGUCAUUUUUGAGCAUGAUCAAACUCAAAUAAAAGCUACGGAAUCAGUAAGCUAUCAACCUGAUCAGAUGCUUACUUUGCAGAGAAUUGAUUCGACACUUCGAUUAUCUUUGCUUGCAGGACCUGGUGAUGAAACAAUCCUAGAGAAGACAUGGGACUAUUUAUUUCAGGCAUCAGUAAUGAAGUACCUUGGUUCUUUUGUUGCUCAAUAUCUUUGCCAUACCAAGGUUUCCAGUUCAUUUGACUGGCACUAUGGUGAUGAUGAUUAUUAUCUUUUCAGUAAGAUGCUGGAUUCCCAUUAUAAAGAAAGAUGGCUAAUUGCCAAGAGGAAGACUAUUUCUGAAAUGAAUAACAAUAAAAGGUACAAGACGAGACAUGCACUGGAAACAAUCCAGGAGAUUGAGCCACAUUCAGGGUUUUCCAGAGACCAAGCUACAAAUGCUUUGAUGGUAGAGUGGGCACAUCAGAGAUUGCCAUUACCUAUGCAUUGGUUUCUCAGUGCUAUAUGUAUUAUGGGGGAUGCCAGGAGAAUUAGCACAUGUUUGCCUACUGAUCUUGAUGUGGCAAAAAGUGGAUUGUUUUUCCUGUUAGGCCUUGAAGUCUCUUCCAUAUAUCUAUGCUCUAGUUCUGCAGAAUCUCCAAUAUCUGGUAUUCCUUUGAUUUGGAAGUUACAUGCUCUAUCCAUGGCUUUGAGCCAAAACAUGGACGUGCUCAUGGAAGAGAAAAGUAUGGAUAUUUUCAAAACUUUGCAAGAUAUAUAUGGCCAGCAUAUAGAUGAAAAGCUCCAAGGUUUCACGAAUUCCUUACCUGAAACUAAAAAUACCGUUAGCCUAGAAAUUCUUAAUUUUCGAGCAAUUCACGAUAGUUACAGCACAUUUGUUGAGCAUGUUGCUGAACAGUUCUGUGCCCUAUCUUAUGGUGAUAUAAUUUAUGGUCGGCAAGUAGCAGUUUAUCUACAUCGAACAGUUGAACCUACUAUCAGGCUUUCUAUGUGGAAUGCUUUAUCUAAUUUAGGAGGACUUGAACUCUUGCCGCCAAUAGAAAUGUGUAUAGCUAAUGCUGAAGGGUAUCUUGAACCGGUUGAGGACCGAGAAGAUAUUCUGGAGUCAUAUUCAAAAUCAUGGACUUCAGGAAUCCUUACCAAAGCUGCUCUUAGAGGUUCCAUCAGUUUCACCAUAGCAGCACAUCAUCUCUCUUCUUGCUUAUUUAAUACUAAUACACCCCAGAAGGUAGCAUUCAGGAAUAAGCUGGUGAAGACUCUUCUCCGGAGCCAUUUGCAAAAGCCACAGGAGGAGGCCAUGCUGUUAUCUCUCCUCCGAAAUGGAUUAACCACAUCAGAAGAUCCAACUUACAAGAGUGAAGCCGCGAGGAGACUCACAGUGUUGAAGGAAGCCUGUGGAGGAAACUAUUCUCUGUUGGCAUUGUUGGAGAAGCUAGAACCUUUGGUUUAAGAUUAAGGAUCUCCAUUAGUCAGGGUAAGCGAGUGCCGACAAGUUAGUUUGAUUGUUAAUUGUGUAGCAUAUGGUUCUUGCAUAAGCAACCAUCUCAAGUCACCCUGUAGGGUUGGUUUUUGUUCAAGCCGCGCCCCAACCUUUGUAAAAUCAUGAACAUGGUAGUUCGAUACUAAACUUAUACAUUCCUAAGGUUGUAAAUGAAACUAAAUUUUAAAGCUAGAGAUAAAGUUAAUACACAUUUUUGAAA